AUGCCAGAGAAAACUGGAACUGUUAGAGCUGGAUAUUCUGGCAAGGUCAAAAACAAUUGGGCCGCAGUGGACGAACAGGCUCUCGGCUUCGCCAAAUCUGAAAUCUUCCAGGGUUUGUGUACCAACCCGGAAGUUGCAUACGUUAACAUACCUCCGCAUUCAAGCAACAUCAGAGACCAUGGCCAGGUGUGGGACUUUCCUGGUAACGGGAGAUAUAGUUUGGAAGUGAAACCAGGCUCUCAGCAUGAACAUACAGACAAAGACUGGAAAGGCCAUUUCAAGAAUUGGCAAGGGUCUCGUUCAUACGAUUAUAUGCUUGACUUACAAGAGACGAGCAAGUAA